UUUGCUUAGAGAGACUUCUCUUAAUGUCUCUUUAGAACACAAAAAUGUAGUUGCAGGAGCCCCAGGGCCUUUCAAGGAGGGAGAUUUCCGAGUUCCUGCUCCUUUCUGGUGAACCAGCACCCCAGACUGUAAACCCAGAGGUUUAUUCAGGGAGCUCUGCUUCCUGCAGUGUGAAUAUCCUUGCUUAGAAGGGCAGUCCUGAAUUUUUAGAUCGUGUUUAGCCCACGGGAAAAGCUCUGUAGGAUUAAACCUGAGUGAAAGCUCUGUAGGAAGCUCUGGGCUGGGUUGGCUGAGGAGCCGAGCACUGUCUCAUCACCCUUUUAAAAGCUUUUUUCGGAGUUGGAGGGAAAGGGGAGAAGCAGCAGGAAACCUUGAAAUAAUACAUUUAGCAGACUUUGGAAAGCAGAUUUCAUAUUCCUGGGAAUGUUCAGUACUCGUUUUUAGAUGUAAGGCUGAUUUAUGGCCCAAGGUGCAGCAGAGCCCUAUAAUUUCACUGUGGAACGUGUGAAAUACCUGUACUGGGACAAGAGCUUCAGGCACUUCAGAUCAGAUGGUGCCUUGUGCUGAUGUGAAUCAGAGCCUUUCCCAGGUGUCAAAGCUCUGUGAAACUGCAGCUUUCAUCUGCCAUUUCCAAUCUUGCCAAAUCAGGCACAGAAAGACCGGGAUCAGGUUUGCUGUAAACACAGAUCAUGAGGCAAUGCAGAGUGUGAGAAAAUGGCACCAACGGUUGAAGCUUUGAGCUCCCGCCUUUGGCAGAGGACAAAAGUCUCCCCUGCUCCCUGCAGUUUCUGUUUCAUUAUCUACAUACCCUGCCCUGAGAGAAUUGUCACUGGGCUUGUUUUCUCACUGGCUGGGAAAGGAGAGAGUGGAGUUUCCAUAGCUUCUCACUGGUUACUCCAGGUGAUGGGCAUGUCCAGUCUCCUGAUACAAACUAGGGGUUUAGGAUAGAGGAGAGAGGUUGGAAAGGGACUUGGGACAAGGGGUAAUGGCUUUGCUCUGCCAGAGGGCAGGGUUAGGUGUUGGAAAAAAGUUCUUUCCUGUGAGGGUUUUAGGCUGUGGCACAGGGUGCCCAGAGAAGCUGUGGGUACCCCAUCCUGGAAGUGUUCCAGGCCAGGCUGGACAGGGCUUGGAGCAGCCUGGGGUAGUGGAAAGUGUCCCUGCCCCUGGCAGGGGGUGGAAUGAGACUAUCUGGAAGGUCCCUUCAAUCCCAAACCAGUUUGUGAUUCAGUGACAACCUGAAUAAAACCUGGUUCCUUGUUAGCCACCAUAUCCUGUAGGUUCUCCUUCAGAAUAACCUGUGUGACCUGUCUGCCCACGAGGGAUUCUUGCAUCUUACAUCCCAGAAUCAUCUGUGCCCUUGGCCUCCAGCCUCUGAACUGGCUCCCUGUGCAGGGAUCAUGUGUGAUGUUGAGGCAGAUGUCACCAUCCCUGUGCUGCUGGGAGGGACAGUUCACUCUCGUGAGAGCUCCCUGCUCCUAUUUUUAGUUGCUUCAUUUUCUUUCUGUUGUAGAAAUAAUUGUUGCUUCUCUUUGUUCUUGUUCAGGCAGCUUGUGUACCCCUUCCCUUCCCCCUGCUGAGAGACUGCAAUAGCUAAAGCUCUCUAAAACAUGAAUGUCUUGCCCAAAAAUUGGCAAAGCAUAAUAGAAGAUUAAUUGUGACUGAGCCACAGGUGGUGGGACAUGGCUGGACAAAUAUCAGAGUCUGACCAGAUCAAGCAGUUCAAGGAGUUCCUUGGCACAUACAAUAAACUUACAGAAAAUUGCUUUGUGGAUUGCAUAAAGGAUUUCACUAGCAGAGAUGUGAAACCAGAAGAGAUAACUUGCUCAGAAAACUGCCUGCAGAAGUAUCUAAAGAUGACACAGAGGAUCUCCAUGAGAUUCCAGGAGUACCACAUCCAGCAGAACGAGGCUCUGGCAGCCAAGGCAGGAUUGCUCAGCCAGCCUCGUUAGAGCAGAGCACUGUGCUCAGACUGAAGCUGUGCCAGUGUUCCCUGGGCAAGAACACAUUGGGGGAUUCCUGCUGUCAGGAUGUGUGCCCAGCAGCUCAGAGCAGAGCUGGGGGUGCUGCUCAGGCACUGGGAGCAGUGAAGGGUUAAACAGGAGCUCAGUCCUGGUGGCCUGGCAGUGCAGUUUGUUUCCACAAGGGAAUGAAUGAUGCAGAUACAACUUUUCCCAGGGCCCACAGACUGGUGUCUAAUUUCAGGGGUGGUGGGAGGGCUCACCUGCCUUUUGCUGAGACUGGUUGAGAUGAAUCAAUACAAUGUGGGGAGUACACUUUUUUAUUUAAUUCAAAUAAAAUAAACGGGAGCCAUA